AUGCCAGGCGUCGCCAAAGAAGCCGUAGUGCCCAUAGAGGCCAUGCUCUUCAGCGUGUCGUCAGUUCUCGUCCUGGCCCGUUUAUUUCUUCGUACCAUCCGUCAAAAGCAGAACCUCACCAUCAGCGAUUGGCUUCUCGUCGCUUCUUUACUCGAUGCCGCCGCCCUCUUUGGGACCGACACGGCCUCAUACAACCUGGGGGGGAUGGACGAAUAUGACCCCAACAAGCCGGAGCGGAGCACCGAGGACCAGAUCACGCUGAUGAAGGUCUCGUUCGCGGGCAACUACUUUUACGACACAGGCAUCUACUUUCCGAAACUGGCCUUGCUGGCUCUAUACUUCAAACUCAUCCCGCAGACCAUGCCAGUCUUGCGCAAGGUUCUCUACGGCGUGACGGCUUUGACGGGAGCUUUCAUGGUGACUACUUGCUUCUUGGAUACUUUUUGGUGCGGCUCCAAGGUGUCAUUGAAUUGGGAGAUUGACAGCAGCUGCACAACGUUUGACUCCAAGGCGGUUUUCCGUAUUGAUUGGGGACUGAAUUUCGUGUCUGAUGUGUUGGUGUUUGCCCUUCCUUUCCCUCUUCUCUUCGGUCUCCAGGUCAGCAAACGUUACAUGGCUGGCUUGAUUGCCAUCUUCGCAUCAGGGCUCAUCACGGUCGGAGCAAGCAUAGCCCGGUUUGCAACCGUCGAUACUAUUCACGCUUGGACCAAUGUUUACGUGUUAUCCAUGACUGAGAUGACGGCUGCCAUUGUCGUGGUUUCUCUGCCCGCUCUCAAGUCUCUUCUCCACGGGCUUGGGCUACGCUCUUCGAAACAAGGGACCACACACACGGGGUCAGGCUACAACAAGCAUUCGACGACAGUAACUGCAUCAAGCCACUUUAACAAGUUGUCGAGCGGACGUGACAACGGGGAACUCUAUGCCGCUACCGCGCGAGUGGCGGCGGCCCCUGAAGAAGACUCUGGCAGUGAGGUGGAGCUGACCAACCUCCGAGGUAUCUACAAGUCGGCUCGCAUAAGCGUGACUUAUGAGCGGCGCAGCGACGUUGGCUGA